UUUUAUUAACACCCUACACCGUCCAAGAUGGCUGCGCCCUUGAAGCAGUGCUUGCUUGGAAUGGGCAAUCUCACUUCAAAGUUUGGUCGACUGGCAGUGAAUCCAAGACAGAUGGCGUCAAUUAAUAGAGCUGUCACAUACUGUGUAAACCGGCAACAGUUCAGUGUGCUGGCCAGUGUCCGAGCCACAGUUCCUUCUCCUACCAUCAAACAAACCUCACUACCAACGUCUUAUCACGGGUCACUGACACAGUUGUGCUCCCCAUUCCUACAACCGGUACGUACUAAGACAAUGGUCAGCUUUAAGAAAGGAAAGCAAAAAACAGUCCCUGCUGUUGUAGCUCGGUUUAAGCGGAUGGAGUGGGGUGGUUGGAUUCGUACAAAAUCAGGCAAGAACAAGAGAAUGUGGGCAAAGUCUUUACAGCGUCGUUAUCGACUACAGCAACAUGUCAUGUGUAACGGCCAACAAAGCAAACUGCUUGAUAAGAUGGUCACGGGGUACUGGCGGAGACACCGACACUACCCAGACGAUCCCUAUGCUCCCUAUCACAAACGUACAAACAUCCUGAAUUCUGACAAGAGUGAUGUACCCCCAUUCCUGCCAUAACAUAACUGUCGAUCCUGAUAGGGACAACACAUUGGAGUUGUAUCAUUGGUCUUGUAAAUUAUGCUGCACAUGUUGAUACUAUGUAUAUUUGAUUGGGUUAAUAUUGUUUAAAAUGUGCUGUUUUCGUCUGCCAUUAAACAUCAUAAUAAUUCCUA